CCACGUGGCUCGCAGGGCUGAGUUCACACUGGUCCGCAGAGCCUGUGCGCGCUUCCUCUUUGGCACUUCAGCGCGUCCCGACCUCAGGUCCGGGCCACUAGAGUCCGGGGUCCCUGGGAGCUCGGGGUCCGCUACCCCUGGCGUCCUGGGCGGGUGGCCGAGGGGCGCAGGAGCCACCUCCUCCGCGACCAUGCGGAAGCCGGACGGGAAGAUCGUGCUGCUGGGGGACAUGAACGUGGGUAAGACGUCGCUGCUUCAGCGCUACAUGGAGCGUCGCUUCCCGGACACGGUCAGCACCGUGGGCGGCGCCUUCUACCUGAAGCAGUGGCGUUCCCUCAACAUCUCCAUAUGGGACACCGCAGGGCGGGAACAGUUCCAUGGCCUGGGCUCCAUGUACUGCCGGGGGGCGGCCGCCGUCAUCCUUACAUAUGACGUGAACCACCCACAAAGCCUGCUGGAGCUGGAGGACAGGUUCCUGGGCCUGACAGAAACAGCCAACAACAACUGCUUGUUUGCCAUUGUGGGAAACAAAGUGGACCUGGCCAUGGGGCGGGCCACAGAGGGCGGGGAGAAGGAAGGAGAGGCCUCUGGGAAGGCAGGCAGCUGCGUCUCCUCCAGGGGACCCAGGCAGGUGCAGCUGGAGGAUGCAAUGGCCCUUUACAAGAAGAUCCUGAAGUACAAGAUGCUGGAUGAGAGAGAGAUGCCAGCCGCUGAGCGGAUGUGCUUUGAGACCAGUGCCAAAACCGGGUACAAUGUGGACCUCCUGUUCGAGACCGUGUUUGACCUGGUGGUGCCUAUGAUCGCCCAGCAGAGGGCUGAGGAGCCGUCCCAGAUUGUGGAUAUAGCCAGCUGCAAAACACCCAAACGGACUAGAUCUGAGUGCUGCACCUGAUGGCCGAGGCCUCCCUCCCGUCACCUGGUGUGUGUGGGAGCCACCGGGCUCAGAAGCAUUUCACAGAACACUGCGUGUAGAGGGCAGUACGUGGAAACGACCACCCGCUGCUAAUCCAGGCCAGGGUACCCAGCUACCUUUGGGUAUCAGGAGGUGGGACUCAAACCCUCUGUGGAGCCAGCCUGAUGCCACCUGUCUGCUGCUCUGUGCCUGUCAACCACCAUCAUGGAGCCUGCAGUCUGGGGACCUGCUUUGGAUUGGGCUUAACUCUCACGGUCACUGGUUACUACAUCGUGCACCAUGUCUGUUCUCUGUGAUUCAUCUACAGCCUCCCCGUUUGUUACCUGUACUUGAUGCAUUAUGAUGCCGAUUCUCCACUUUUAAUUUAUACAGAGAUCAGGAAUGGCUGUUUUUAUACUGGGUAAAGCCAGGUAGGCUACACCUUAUUAAAAAGGAUUUGAGGAAAGCCCUGC